GCGACGUGGGACGGGACGGGACCGGCCAGGCUGCCCCGUCCUGCCCGGCGGCAAGAUGAAAGACCGUCUAAGUGAGCUGCGUGAAAUUGCCAGGUUACACAACCAACAGUUUUCUGAUAGUGAGGAUGAUGAAAAUUCACCCCAUGAUAUUCUCCUUUAUGAGACUGAUUAUGCCUUGGAAAUUCUUCAUAAGGACAUACAGAACAUCCGGACAGAAAAUGACCACCUAAAAGCGGAUGUCAACCGGCUCAGAAAGCAAAACACCCGCUUCCUUACUUCCAUGCGCCGUCUGAGCAGCAUCAAACGAGACACUAAUUGCAUUGCCAGAGACAUUAAGGCCCGUGGAGAAAGCAUCCACAGGAAACUGCAGGUGAUGAGAGAUUUCUGUGAAGAUGCAGUUACAAAAUAUGGAGCUAUGUCUGUCAUUGCCAGGGUAGCAAAGAACCACUAUGUUGACCUCAUGCACACAUUUCAGGAUGCUAUGUUUGAUUACAAUGCAACAGAGAUGAACCAACGGGAGAACUGCAAGAUUCGAAUUCAGCGGCAGCUCGAGAUCAUGGGCAAAGACGUUUCUGGCAACCAGAUUGAGGAGAUGAUCGAGCAAGGCAAAUGGGAUGUCUUCUCUGAGAAUCUCUUGUCGGAUGUUAAGGGGGCUCGCUCAGCCUUGAAUGAGAUAGAGACACGACAUAAGGAGCUGGUGAAGUUAGAAGGUCGCAUUAAGGAAGUUCACGAGCUCUUUCUGCAGGUGGCCCUGCUAGUGGAGGAACAGGCAGACACUUUUGAUGUUAUUGAGAUAAAUAUGCAAAAUGUUGAGGACUACGUAGGAGAUGCUAAGGAUCAAGUAAAAAAAGCUUUGGAAUACAGAAGGAAACAUCCCCUCAGAACAAUCCUCUGCUGCUGCAUAUCAUGUUGCAGAAGGUGACUAUCACACUGGACCUAUCACAGACUGACUUGAACGUCUUCAAAAUCAUGUGUUCUUUCCAGUGACUUUUCUGUAAUGACAACCCCUAGAAAUAGGGGAGCUAUUUUGCAGUUGGUUUUGUUCAUUGCCUUUUUUCUAAAAGUGCUGAAAGCUGUUCUAUUUAAGAACUCCUAGAAAUGUUGGUAAAACUAUUUUUAAUCCAAUUUUAAUUGAAAUAUACUCUGUUGCUGUCACUAGAGGUGCAAGAAGAUCUCUGCAGUGAUACUUGUUUGAGAUAGGCAAGAAAGAGGAAUGAAUGGCCUAGGGAAGAUGAACAGUUUCAAAAAGUAAGUUUGUUCUUAUUUGUCAAGGUGAGGCUGCAGGCAGCGAACCCUUACCACCCUGGGUAACACAGUACACAACAGAAUCAGGGGUUUUUAGCUUUAACUAUCUUGGAGCCUGCUUGAUGCAAAUAUUUGACCAGACUUUCGCUCCACUAAUUUGACAAAAUACCAAGCCUGUUAGCAGCAGCGGGACACAGAAUUAGUUUCUCUUUCAACUUGAUUUCCACCUGUCUUGAAUCUCAACAGAAGUGACUGCACUUUAAAUGAUAGUGUGCACAUUUUGUUCCAUUUGUGUGCAAGUGACUGCUAUUUUCCAUUUUGAGUGCCUGCAACUCUGUCAAGGUGGCUAGAAGCACUGCAACACUGAGGCAUCUCACUCACUUUUAACUUGAGCCGCUGUCUGUACUCUCGGUUUCAAACCUGCCAUGCUUUCAUGCUUCUAAUACAUUUUUCUGCCAAUUAAGACUUCAGCCAGAAGAGAUGCAUGCAGUGGCCUUCUGCAGAAAUACCCAGCUGUAUUGCAGACAACACUUCUGGGGUUGAGAAAGCAUUUUAUGUCCUGGCACAUACAUACAAGCCAUUUUAAUGGAAUGACUGGCUGUCAAUAGACUUUUAUUUUUUUAUAAGUAUUGACUGAAUAUGGGGGGGGAUUAUAUUUAUUUUAAAUAAGAUGAAGGAUUACAAUUUUUAACAUGCAGUUUUAUUGGUGUACAAAAAUUGUAACUUUUCUCCCACUGUUAGAAAUUCUCCUGGGAAAGCAAGUAUACCUGAAGAAGAAAGAGUUUCAUGUCAUUUUAGUGCUCUUUUUGAGCUUAAAAAUAACCUCUCCUUUUGUAUAAGGGGAGUCUGCCCUUACACAAGGCAAACCAGUAAGUUUGGAGUAUGACAAGGGAAUAGAAAAUGGGCAGCCUGGUAAGCACUGAGCAUUUUCAGUGAAACAUAUAUUCAUAAGGUCUUGUGAGUUAUUACAGCUCCUGCUUCUGGAGGUUUUCCAACUAUAUUUCUAAGUGGCUUUCUGAUACACUGUGAUCUAUUGCUAUCCUUUGAAACAAUGCAGGACAUUUUUUCAAAAGUUAGUUACUUUUUUUUUUUAAACUGAUUAUUCUAUUUGUACCUAUUUUAAUAAACAUAUUUCAACAUUUCAAGUAUUUUAUAUUUGGGAGUUUUCCUCAGAUGUGUAUAGAUGUGCAUCUUCCUGCACUGAUUGCAAUGAAACUUCCCUCUUCUGUUCUUUUGCACCCUACUUUUAUAUGUGAAAAGACACCCAAACAUUUCUUACUAUUUGUAUUAAUAUUACAAAACAGUAAAAUAAAUUCAACUUCCAAGCUUUCAUAUCCUGGUGGGAAAUACUUCUUAGCCAGACAGGCUCUUUUACACAAAUAGAAACUAAAUGGAUAACUCUUCUCAGAAAGUGAAUGUCUCUUUUUCUGUAGCACCUCCCUGUCAUAACAUGGAAGACUCAGGAACACCAAUCUUCUAAACUGUGAGGUAUUUUGAUAUUCAGUGUGUCCUGAUGAUACCAGUGUUAUGCUUGUCUGUGGACCUCUGCAACAACCCAAUGUUCAAACUUGAAGUGGGAGAAAGGAGGGUGAUGAGCUGCCACCCUUGCCAGUAGCUUUGGUGCUGCUCAAGAAGACAAAGUAAUUUAUUCUGUAGGUACUGCCAUUCAAGUCAGUGGAACUGUGCAUUUGUAGAGAAAUACCCUAAAACUCUGAGGGUCAGCAUGUGGGAAUAAAUCAGUGAAGAAUGAAAUAUGUAUUUCCUUUGAUCUGGAUAUUCCUAGCAUGUGCCAACGUUUUUGAUAAAAAAUAUGUGCAUGUUUUUCUUUGUGUUCAUUCCUUUUUUUGCACAUAUGUAUAUUUACAAAUGGAAUAAAAGAUUUAAUAAGGGAAACUGAAAGCGCAGAGUGUUGUACAUUGAAUCAGUAGCUGUGAACAGUUUCUUGCAUUGUCGAAGUUUA